UUGGCAGGAAGUGACGAGUGUCAACAAGAAUAAGACCACAUGUGUGGAAGAAAAUGAAGCAUGUGUUACAGAAGCUCUAAAUUUCGUCUUUAUAGGUGACUCGAAAUAUAAUAUUUACUUUUUUUAAACUUCGAAAACGCGCCAACACCAAGCGUUGUCAAGAUGAAGUUUGCGUACAGGUUUUCUAAUUUGCUCGGUGCAGUUUAUCGUCAGGGGAAUCUAAAUUUCUCCAAAGAUGGCAAUGCUGUUAUCAGUCCGGUUGGAAACAGAGUCUCAGUUUUCGACUUGAAAAACAACACUUCAGAGACAUUGCCCAUCUCCACCACAAAGAACAUUACUUGUGUGGGUUUGUCUCCUAAUGGAAACCUGGCAAUAUUAGUUGACGAAGAUGGUGCUGCUUUAUUAGUCAGUCUCAUCACACGAGCCAUUCUUCAUCAUUUCCACUUCCACAAGCCUGUGAGCAGCAUCCGUUUCUCACCUGACGGCAGGAAGUUUGUUGUCACAAAAGAAAACGUAGCUCUGAUGUACCAUGCUCCCGGGAAGCAGCGAGAGUUUAACGCCUUUGUGCUGGACAAGAGUUAUUACGGUCCUUAUGAUGAAACCACUUGCAUUGACUGGACAGACGAUUCCAAGUGUUUUGUUGUGGGCAGCAAAGACAUGUCCACAUGGGUGUUUGGUGCAGAGCGAUGGUCCAACCUCAUUUACUACUCCCUGGGUGGACACAAGGACAUGAUUGUCGGUUGUUUCUUUGAAAAGGACAGUCUGGAUCUGUACACUGUAAGCCAGGAUGGGGCACUGUGUGUCUGGGAGAGUGACACUGAGUUGGAUGGUCUUACCCUGGCAAAGAGACGUAACAAACCUGAGCCGGGGCAACAUGAGGAGGAAGAGGAGAGGCUGGAGGGAGAGGAAGGAGAAGUGAUCCGAGGAAAAGCCGAAAUUUCCAAAGGGAAAGACACGAAAAAUGUUCGAUACAGGCAGCUCAGCAAACACUACUUCAACAAAGAGGGGGAUUUUAACAAUUUGACAGCUGCUUCCUAUCAUAAGCAGACACACAUCCUGGUCACAGGUUUUGCCUCCGGUAUCUUCCACCUGCAUGAACUCCCAGAAUUCAACCUCAUCCACUCGCUCAGUAUAUCAGACCAGAGAAUUGCUUCUGUGGCCAUAAACAACUCUGGAGACUGGAUUGGAUUUGGUUGCUCAGGCAUGGGUCAAUUACUGGUGUGGGAGUGGCAGAGCGAGUCCUAUGUAUUUAAGCAGCAGGGACAUUUUAACAACAUGGCCUCGUUGGCUUAUUCACCAGAUGGACAGUACAUUGUGACGGGAGGAGACGAUGGAAAGAUCAAAGUGUGGAACUCCAACAGUGGCCUCUGCUUUGUCACAUUCACCGAGCACAGCAGCAGUGUCACCUGCGUUACCUUCACCUCCAGUGGCUUCGUCAUUGUCAGCGCUUCUCUGGACGGAACGGUCAGAGCAUUCGACCUGCACAGAUACCGAAACUUUCGUACAUUCACUUCUCCUCGCCCUGCACAGUUCUGCACCCUGGCAGUGGACAGCAGUGGAGAACUAGUGAGUGCAGGAGCCCAGGAUUCCUUUGAGAUCUUCUUAUGGUCAGUGCAGACAGGCAGGCUGUUGGAGGUUCUUGGUGGUCAUGAGGGUCCCGUAAGUGGCCUGUGUUUCAGUCCGAUCCAGUCAAUUCUGGCCAGUGUCUCAUGGGAUCGUACAGUCCGUCUGUGGGACCUGUUGGAAAAUUGGCAGGUCAAGGAAACACUAUCCCUAACCUCUGAUGGUCUCUGCGUGACGUACCGAGCCGAUGGUCAGGAGUUGGCCGUUGCCACUUUGAAUGGCGAGAUCACCUUCUGGAACCCACUUUCAGCCACGCAAACUGGCUCUGUGGCUGGACGCCACGACCUGGCAAUGGGCCGCAAGGAGACUGACAAAAUUACAGCCAAACAUUCGGCCAAGGGGAAGUCCUUUACAUGUCUGUGCUACGCGGCAGAUGGUGAGUCUAUUUUGGCAGGAGGACAGUCCAAGUUUGUGUGCAUCUACAAUGUGAAAGAGCAGAUGCUGAUGAAGAAGUUUGAAAUCUCCUGCAACCUGUCCUUCGAUGCUAUGGAGGAAUUCCUGGACAGACGGAAAAUGACAGAGUUCGGCAGUCUAGCUCUGGUGGAUGAAGGAGCUGGAGAUGGAGAUGGAGUCAACAUCAGCCUUCCCGGAGUCAGAAAAGGUGACAUGAGCUCACGUCACUUCAAACCAGAGAUCAGAGUCAGCUCACUGCGGUUUUCUCCAACUGGUCGUAGCUGGGCGGCCACCACCACUGAGGGAUUGCUGGUCUACUCUCUUGAUGGUUCUAUGGUGUUUGAUCCAUAUGACCUUGACCUGGACGUGACACCGGCCAGCAUACACAAGCAGCUGCGCCUCAAAGAGUGGGUGUCAGCUAUUAUCCUGGCAUUCAGACUUAAUGAAAAGGCCCUCAAGCAGGAGGUGCUGGAGACAGUGCCACACGGACAGAUCCCUUUGGUCUGCAGUUUUCUUCCUGACAUUUAUGUAGAAAAGAUGCUGGGAUUUAUCGCAGGGUGUUUAGAGAAGACAAGUCAUCUGCAGUUCUACAUGACGUGGGCCCAGAAUCUGCUCAUGCUGCAUGGACAGAAGCUCAAAAACAGGUCUGGAGCCAUACUGCCCACACUGCAGGCUCUGCAGAAGAGCAUCCAGAGACACUUUGACAGCCUGUCAAAACUGUGUGACUUUAACAUGUACAACAUUCAUUACGCCAUGGCCCUGUCGAAACAGAGGGGAGUAAAGAGACCAGCUGAAGAGGAGGAGGAGAAAGAAGACGAUGAUGAAGGGCUCUCUGAGGGGAUGAGCGAAGCCUCUUUUGAUGAUGCAGAAAUGAUUAUGUCUUGAAGCUACUUCACUUUAAGACCCUGGCAGGCUGUCUUGCUGGGAGAACGAUAAUGAUGAACUUUUUCAGAUUUCAAAGAAAACAUGCUAACAUUUUUUUUAAAUAAAUGUUUUAAUUUUAUAAAAAGGAAAUAUGUCCUAAAAAACUUUGCCCUUAUUAAAUUUUGACAUUUCACUAAA